AUGGUGAUAAGUGACAAAUGGGCUUCUUACAAGGAAGAUGAUGUUGGGAAAGCAGCUGUUGUAAAGGAAAAGUUGUUGAAUGAUGUUUGGUGGGAUAAGAUUGAAUAUAUACUCUCAUUCACAUUGCCUAUUUAUGAGAUGCUUAGAUUUUGUGACACAGAUCAGCCAUGUCUACAUUUGGUUUAUGAGAUGUGGGAUUCAAUGAUUGAAUGGGUGAAGGCAUCCAUCUAUAGGCGUGAAGGGAAGGCAGAAAAUGAAGAGUCGUCCUUUUACUCUGUAGUGCAUCAAAUAUUAGUGGAAAGGUCGACAAAAACUAGCACACCUCUUCAUUGCCUUGCUCAUUCCUUGAAUCCAAGUGGGAUGUGGCUUCAUGAAAAUUCCAUUCGUGUUCCUCCUCACAAAGAUGUUGAAAUUUUUGAGAUGAGAAUCAAGUGUUUUAAGAGAUACUUUCCUGAUUCAGAUGAGAGAAGGGUUGUCAAUACAGAGUAUGCAAAGUUUUCAGGUUGUUUAGAAAGUUUUAGUGACAAUGACUCAAUAUGUGAUAGAGGAGUAAUGGAACCAGUGGUUUGGUGGUUGGCACAUGGCUUUUCUGCACCUAUGCUCCAAUCCUUGGCAGUGAAAUUACAUAGCCAACCAUGUUCCUCAUCAUGUUGUGAAAGGAAUUGGAGCACCUACUCUUUCAUUCACUCUAUGAGGAGGAAUAAAAUGACACCACAACGGUGUGAGGAUUUGGUUUUUGUGCACUCCAAUAUUUGUCUCUUAUCAAGGAGGAGUCAACUAUAUACAGAAGGAGAGACCAAGUUAUGGGACGUUGGGGGAGAUGCAUUUGAUUCAUUGGAGGGUUCUGGUUUCCUUGAAAUUGCAAAUCUUUCACUUGAUUAG